AUGGCCUUCAAACAUCCAGCCUCUGCUGCUCCCGUGAAGCGGAAAUCGGCUUCGGGCGACAAGCACAACGACGGCAAUCGCUUCAAAAAGGCCAAGACUGAGACCGGGCCUAGGCGCCAAAAAUUCAACGACGAUGAAGAUGUCGCUUCGGACAGUGAUGGUAGCGGGUUCUCCGACUCAGGUGACGGCGGAGCUGAAUUGAAUAGCAGAACGCAUGCGCGGGUUCCGGUACGACCGAAAGAUAACGGGCGGGCGCCAGCUGGGCGGCCCAUUGAAGGCACGCAAACCUCCCGUGAGGCGCACGCAAAGCAAAAGCAAUUGGCCCUGGAACGCAAGGCCGCGAAGCCACUGGCCGACGAAGUCCACCGGACGAAGAAGUUGUGGGAGAAGCUCCGUCGGAAAUCGCAUGUGCCUAAGGAGGAGCGCCAGCAACUUGUGGACGAAUUAUACAGCAUCAUCACUGGGCGCAUCAAGGAAUUUGUUUUGAAACAUGAUGCCGUCCGCGCUGUCCAAACCGCCAUCAAGUACUCGACCCCGGCCCAGCGGAAACAAAUCGCCAAAGAACUCCAAGGGACCUACGCCCAGCUUGCUGAAAGCCGAUAUGCCAAGUUCCUUAUCGGGAAACUUCUCGUCCAGAAUGACGAUGAGAUUCGGGAUAUCAUUGUGCCGGAAUUCUACGGCAAGGUGCGGAAACUGAUCAACCACUCGGAGGCUUCCUGGAUCCUCGACGAUAUCUACCGUGGAGUCGCGACAAAGGAACAAAAGGCCCACCUGCUACGGGAGUGGUAUGGGCCCGAGUUUGCCCUUUUCAAACUUGACAAGGGCGCCGGAAUCACUGGGGAGCUCUCCAAGAUUCUCGCCGACGAGCCGAGCAAGCGAGGGCCAGUGAUGAAGUACCUUUUCGACAUGACGAACGGUCUCAUCCAGAAGAAGAUGACGGGUUUCACAAUGCUCCACGAUGGCAUGCUGCAAUACUUUUUGAAUCUCAAACCUGAGAGCGAAGAGCUCAAGGAGUUUGUCGAGACAAUUAAGGAGGACGAGAACGGCGAUCUGCUCAAGAACAUGGCGUUUACAAAGUCUGGAGCCCGGCUUGUGUGCCUGCUUCUGGCCAACGGGAGCGCAAAAGACCGCAAGCAGAUUCUCAAGACAUACAAGGACACGUUCCAGCUCAUGUGCGGGGACCCGCACGGCCAUAUGAUCCUCUUGACGGCGUACGAUGUUAUUGACGACACGGUGCUCACCUCGAAGACCAUCUUCCCGGAAAUUUUGGGCAAGAAUGAGGAGAAGGGCAUUGAAAACAUUGUGUUCCUGGCCAACGAUCUCAACGCGCGCAUCACCGUGUGUUAUCUCUUCGAAGGGCAGUCCAAAUCGUUGUUCCCCGCCAGCCAUUCUUACGACUUGGAGCUGCUCGCAGAAAUCCACGAGAUCCGAAAGAGGACGAGUAAGAAGGACGCCGAUAUCCGGCGCAAGGAGCUAGUCGCGGCCAUGUCUCCACCGCUGCUGGAGGCCGUCGCGACAUCGCCUGCCGACCUUGUGGCGACCUCGUUCGGGUGCCAGUUCGUCGCCGACGUCUUACUGUCCGCAACCGGGGAUAAGAAGGCUGCGCUGGAAGCUGUAGCUUCGACCGCGGCUGGCAACCCCGAGCCAACGCUGGCCGAGGAUGCUGACCCAUUGUACCCCCCGCCAGCGCACAUAUCCCUGACACCGCACGGCGGCAAGAUGUUCAAGACGUUGAUCGCCGGCGGCCGAUUUGAUAGGGCUGCCGGCGCGGUCAAGCGGGUUGACCCGCCUCUCAACUUUGCCGACGCUCUGUACCCCAUCAUCAAGGAGCACGUCGUGCAGUGGGCCACGGGCCCGAGCUCAUUUACCGUGCUGGGCCUGUUGGAGGCGCCCGACUUCUCGUCUAAGAAGGAGCUGCUCAAGGUCCUCAAGUCUGAUAAGAAGACGCUUGAAAACGCCGCAGCCGGAAGUGUGGCGGACAAAGCUGAGACAAAGGAUGGCAAGAAAGCGAAAUCGAAGGGCAAGGGGGCUCAGCCGGAUAAGGGAAAACCAUCUGGGAACCAGGGAGCGAAGCUGCUGCUUGAAAAGCUAUAG